AUGUCUUCCAACGGCGCAUCCAUCACCCGGAUUGACUCGAGAUCCCCAGUCCACGCCAGACCAUUUUCUCCCAUUAAUCACGUCGUAAAUGUGGAUGGUCGCUCAUCUCUGGACAGCGAACGCAGCUCCACGUCUUCUCCCGUAGUUGGCAUCAAUGGACAUUUCCGUGCCCUCGUGGACGAGGAGGGCUUGGACCCCGUCGAGAAGCUGAAGAGAGAACUCGAACGCGAGAGAGACGAGAAAGAUAACCUUGCUGCACAGUAUCGUAACCUCUUAGCCAAACUCACGACGAUGCGUACAAGCCUAGGCAAUAAGCUGCAACAGGAUGCUGAAGAACUCGAUAGGAGGGAACAACUUGUUCAGCAUCUUACGGCUCAGAAUGAGGAUCUGGUUUCCACAGUCGAGACUUUGAAAGCCGAGCUCAUCGCAUCUCAUGAAGAAGCAGAACACAAUUCAAAAGAGCUAGAUACAAUUCGGAGUCAGGUCCUGAACGAAAAUGCGCAGGAAAGUCUUCUACGCGAACGUGAGCUUCGGGAGACUUUGAGUGAGCUUGAGCGAUGCCGCAUCGAACGUAGCGAAUGGGAACGCGCCACAAUGCAGGAGAAGAUGUUGGGUGAUGAAGCAAGAUUAAACCUGGAGACGUUGAGGCGUGAUCUGGAGAUGGAACGCGAAGUCCGAGAUCGAGAGUCAGUUGAGUUGGCCGCAGCACGGGAGACUGCGACUAACUUACAGUCAGUGCUAGAGGAUUUUUCAGCAUCCAAGGAACACGAACUUUCACAAGCUGUGAAGGACUACAGGUCUCAGCUUCAUGAUGUCAACAUAUCAUUAACCGAAUUCAAGCGACGAGCUCUAGACGCAGAGGCCCAGCUUGACGAACUGAAAAUCAAUGCCUCGCGGACACAAGAGCUAGAACAGGACGUCAAGGAGAAGAAUCUAUUGAUCGGCAAGCUGCGACACGAAGCCGUAAUCAUCAACGAACACCUUAUGGAAGCCCUCCGUAGACUUCGGCGCAAUUCAUCGGACACGAAUGUAGAUCGGAGAUUGGUCAACAAUAUUCUUCUAUCAUUUCUUUCCACUCCACGUGCCGAUGCAAAACGCUUCGAAAUGCUCACGCUCCUUGCAUCUAUUCUAUCAUGGACGGACGCCGAACGUGAAAAGGCAGGCCUCCAGCGUUCUUCGAUAACCGCUUCACCUGGCCAUUCAUUCUGGGGACGUCCAUCAAAUAUCGGGUCACCAAGUCAAAAGGCAGUUGAUUUGGAAAGGACAGAUGAGACCGAGUCUUUUUCCCGCCUAUGGGUAGAAUAUCUGCUCACAGAAGCAAAUCAGGGCGAAACGCCCACAAGACAAACACGCUCGAACGCCUCAGUCCCAAACAGUCCUAUGCACUCACCAAAUAUUCUCUCCUCGCCAACGGGGCUAAAGGGAACACGGCGCCUAGCAUCAUUCACUAGCGCAGCAAGCACGGCAAGCUUACCAAGCUUGGCGCUGCCGCCGUCCCGGAAGGGUAAGGAAAAGGAGGUCGUACCGUGA